GAGAGAGAGAAUCAGCUGAGCAUUGCACAAGGAACAGACGGGCAAGAAGAAGAGUGCGGCGGGCCAGCUGCCGACGCCCACGGAACGUGUGCUCUUCACGAAAUCUCCGAACGAUGGCAGACGAUGAGGUGUGUAUCGCUACACCCCAGCCGGAGAUGGGAGUAAUAGAGGGGGAGAGUGUCAACGGACAUGGAGGAGAGGAGGCUCCGGGAGGCGAAUGCGCUUUCAGGGAGGAGGCUGGUCCGGAUUUCAAUGUGGAGGCGGACGCGGAGGGGAGUCGGGAGACACAGCGUGACCCGCUUCGUGUAAAGCAAGGUCUUUUUCAGAAUGAAGGAAACAAUGAGGAUGAUGACAGUGGCACAGACUAUGGCAGCGGAGACAAGCCCUUUCUGAAGAAGGCAGAGCAUGUUGGAAAUGCAGUUCUGCCAGGAAUCUUCCAGACAAAUCAACUGCUGUUCUAUGAGAGGUUUAAAGCCUACCAGGAUUACAUGUUAGGGGACUGCAAGACAUCAGAAGUAAAAGCCUUCAUAGCUGAUUACCUGGAGAAGGUGGUGGAGCCCUGUGAUUGGCAGGCCUUGUGGUGCACCGAAGUGUUCGACGUGCAGGUGGAGGUGGUGGACGUGGACUAUGUGGGGCUGAAGGCCUCUGUGGAGCUGGUCCUGCCCAUGCGAUGUGAGGUGCGGGGCUGUGAAAUCAGUGAGGAGGCCAUGCGAGACCUUCUGGAGGCCACCCAGCACAUGGUGCCCCUGCAGGAGCUCCACACGGUCUAUGAUGAGUCGGGAGACUUUGACCAUACGGCACUGGCUGUGGAGCACCUGAGGUUUUUCUACAAGCACAUCUGGAGAAAGUGGGACGAGGAAGACGAGGACGAUGACUUUGACUACUUUGUUAGAUGCGUAGAGCCUCGCCUAAGGCUGUACUAUGACAUCCUGGAGGACCGGGUGCCGGCAGGUCUGGUAGCAGAGUACCAUUCUCUGCUGGCCCGCUGCUCUGAGAAGUUUCAGGAGUUCUCAAGCCUGCGCAACGACAUCUGCAGCGACUCUGAGUCGGAGCUGGACAACGUCUCCAUGGUGGAGGGCCUGCGGAUGUGCGAGCAGAUGGAGGCCCUGAAGCGCAAGCUACGAAUCAUCGAGAACCCGCUGCUCAGGCACGUUUUGGGCUACAAGGUGAACUCGGGGAAGCAGUCGUACAGCGCAAAGGGCCAGCGCGAGGGCGCCGUCCGGGUCGUGCACGUGGUAUCUUCUUCCAUGACAGUGGGCCAGCUGCAGACCUUGAUGGUGGACAAGCUGCUCCCCGACUUCUCUGGAGAGCAAUUCGAGCUGCAGUUUCAUGGUGACCCGCUGCUGGCCAUCGAUGCCUGCUACGAGGGCGACGUGGUCAUCAUCUGCACCGGCCACUACCUCGUCAGUGGCUCCAUCAACAUUCUUGACUCCAUUCAGGUGGAAGGCUUUGGUCUGUCCGACGAGGUGGUGAUCGAGAAGAGAGGCAAGGGCGACGCUUUCAUAGAGGCGACGGCCGCCAACGCAAAGAUUUCUAACCUGAAGUUCAUCCAGCAUGACGCCAUCGAGGGCAUCUUGUGUGUCCGUCAGGGCCGGCUGGAGAUGGAGAAUUGUGUCCUUCAGUGCGAGACGACAGGUGUGAUUGUGCGCACCUCAGCCCAGCUGACCAUGAAUAUGUGUGACCUUUAUGGGGCAAAGGGGGCCGGCGUGGAGAUCUAUCCCGGCAGCAUCUGCACUCUCGUGGGAAAUGGCAUCCAUCACUGCAGAGAGGGAGUGCUGAUCAAGGNNUUUGCGGACGACUUGGAUACCCUUCCUAGAAUCACCAUGGUGAACAACGUGAUCCACAACAACGAGGGUUAUGGCGUGAUUUUGGUGAAGCCGGCUGACCUCCCCUUGGACGGUGGGGCUGUGGGGGGGCUCUCUGCAGAUGAGUUGGUGAGUCCCAAAAAGGCGGCACAUGACUCUGAGUCUGGCCCGAUGAAGCCAGGCGGGGUCCAGUUUGAGGUUCCCCUCAUGGUGGUGGAGGAACCCCCCGUGGACUCUCAUUACGAUGUACCCCCGGACAUCACCGAGGGCAACGACGCUAUCAAGAAGGAGCUGGUGGCUACGUCCGCUAAGAAGACCCAGCGGCAGAAACGUGCGAUGAAGGAGCUGGGCGUGACGCAGGCCGAUGACAACUUACUGUCCCAAGAGAUGUUCGUCUCCAUCCAGGGCAACCAAUUCAGGAGGAAUGGCAAGGGCAGCUUUGGAACCUUCCAGUACUAAGCGGCCGGUCCAUCCUGUCCACACGCAAGGCACUGCUACACUUUAUUUUCCAGUCCUUUUAAAAAUAUAAAUUUUAAUUAUUGACUUGUAUUGAAUUAACUGAAUCGCUUGAGUUCUGUCCAUGUUCACAAUCACCCUAGUGUAUGUAGUUUGUUUACUCAUAUCAACAUGAAAUUCUAUCCUCACUAGUGUUCACCUCAUCUGUGUAGUUCAUUGUCAGUGAGCCAUUUUUAGAGAGCUUCAGUUGUUCUCAGGUGUAGUGGGAUGUUCUGAAGGUUUUUUUUUUUUUUGUAAUCUUUUUUGUGUUUUUUGUCAUCUUCAUAUGUAUAUGCCUGAAUGGCAAGCACAUGCCUAACAUCUUUGCACACCUUGGAAUUUCCGUUUGAAAUUGCCGUUCAAUAAAAUGUGGAAUCUUGUACAGUC